AUGAAGUUCACCAGCUUUGCCCUUUUCACGGCCGUCUCGGCUGUCGCUCCCAAGUACACUCUGAACAACUGGGACGAGCCGUAUAACGCUACUGAGCAUGCUGCCAUCCUGGCCAAGCGCAACGACGGCUGCUCCGCCGAUGCCAACGGCAAGACCUGCCUGCACAUUGGUAACGAGCAGAUUAACACUGCCAAGGACUUCAGCAAGGAGCCUGGUGAUGGUGACAUCCCCGAGGCCUUUACCAACAUCUGGGAGUCCUUCCAUGAGCGCUGCAGCGCUUCUCCCUGCGACAAGACCAAGAAGUGCUUUGAGGAGAACGGCAAGAACUACUGUGUCGUCUGGGAUGGUUCCUUCAUUGGCGAUGUCGACCCUCUGUACCAGCUGAUGCGCCGCAACUUUGACAAGACGGUUAGCAAGGACACGGAUAAGUCGACCGAGUCUAGCAACCCCGGCUGUGGUAAGCCCGUCUGUGGUCCUCCUUUGACGACUUGGCACGUCCACCACAACGGCCCGUCGUUUGUCGGAACCAACCACCGUGAUAACGACGGUGGUGACAACGUCCUUACCAUGACGAUUACUGAGGAGGCUAUUGAUGGUGACUGCCCUAAGUGGGUUGAGCUCAUUGGCGAUGCCGCUGGUGCCGUUCCCGAGUUUGGCGGCUACUUCUCUGCCGCUAUUGGCGUUGUUUGUGGCCUCAUCGGUGCUUAA